UAAUGAUUGAAUCUUAAGACUUUAGAUCACUUGAUCAAAAAACGAAUUAAAUUCCUGAAGAAUUGAAAGUAUAUAAUAAAAUCAAUAUAUAAAAUAGUUUUUGAUUAUUGGAGAUGGUCAAACUGGAAAAUCUUCAUUAGUAAAUAUAUUAACCUAUAGAAAAUAUCCUGAUAAAAUGGUAAGCAAGAAAUCUAGACAAGCAAUUAAAACUUAAGGAUGUGAUAUUAGAAUGGCUUUAAGAAAUUUAAUUGCACCUAAUAAAUAAUUUAUACUUAAAAUUAUAGAUUUAUCUGGAGACAAAGCUUAAAGAUAAUACUUAGAUAUUUAUAUUUCAAAAUUCAAAUUUAAUGGAAUAAUAUUUUGUUUUGAUGUUACUAAUUUAAAGACUUUGUAUAAUCUUAGAAAAUGGAUUCAAAGAUUAACAACAAAAAGUAUAAUCCAUGAAGAUAACGAAGAAGCUUUAGAAACAGAAAAUAAUGAAUACUCUAGAUAAAGUAGUCUAGUUAUUUAAGAUGAUUAUUAAGAUUGCUUGUUAGGUUAUAUUAAUUAUAAAGGAAUUUAAAUGGAAGAAAUACUGAAAAUGCCUUUUAUUUUUGUUGGCUGUAAAAUGGAUUAAAUUCCUAUGGAUCGACAAGUUAGAUUAAGAUAAUAGAUCUCUGAAAGAGUAAUAUAAAUACAUUUAUCUGUAGAUCUAAUAAAUUUAUAAAAAAUCAAAUACAGUUAUUUUGUUAAGUACUACUAAACCUGAAACUUAUUCAGAUGAAUACAAAUAGUUGGAAGAGUGUUUUUUGAAAAUAGUAAAAAAAUAGAACAUUGAGGAAUUCUUAAUAAAAGAAAAAUUUUAAUCAAAAAUGAUUAAUUUGGAUGAAUCUUUCUGGAAAUCCACUUUCCAAACACCGUUUGAAUAAAAAUAUUAGUUAUUUUGUGUGUAUAUGAAACAUUUUUGGUAAAGACUUAUGUGUAAAAAGAGGAAGUAAUGA